AUGAAAUUUUUGAAGAUGAUAAUGAAUUAGAUUUUGAAGAGGAGGAACAAAAAGAAAUUCAUUUUUUAGAGUUUAAAAAUUUUGAUUCAUUUUUUAAUGUUACAGAUACUGAACUUCGACAAGUUCUUGAAAUUGAAGUGACAGUUGAAGUACCUUGUUUAUCAGGUUCAUCAGAGCAAAUUGAUGAUAGUGACCAAGAUUUUGAUAUUGAAUCAAUUUUAAAUAAUGCAUUAAAAAGAAAUUCAUCUAAUAUAACAGAAAUUAUAGAAUAA